GUUUCUGAAUUUGAAUUCAACUCUGUCGCGGAUUCGUAGUAGUCCAAUUGCGUCCAUCAGUGUUUGGAAAUCGUGUAAAACGUAUGAAUCCUAGUGGACAUAUAGUUGUCAUCCGUAGGGAUGGUACUGAUGGUUUAACUUGCGAUUGGUGUUCACCCUUGUGUGAUAUUGGGAGGUAAAUAAUAUAUUCACUUGCAACCUCAUUUCGCAGUAACCAGUCUUGUGACAUUCGUGUGCAACACUCAACAGUCGCUCCAUUUCAUUGUACCCUGCAACUAUUGAAAGAUGGAUUAGUUCAAGCCGUCAGCAGAGUAGAUGGUCGAUACAAAAUGUUAGUUAAUAAUUUCCCGUUGAACGAUGCUUGCGUUUUGACUGACAAUUGCAUACUAACUGUUGGGGAUCGUCAAUUUCGCUUUUUCUAUCCAUCAAGUCGAAAGGCAACAACAAAUAAUUAUUUAUACGAAACGUCCAGUAAAACACCAAAACACUAUAGCAAAGAAGAGGUUAUAACUCCAACUUCUCUACCUGUUGUUCAUCCAUCCAAACGUACCACUCCUAGAAAAAUAUUAGUUAAUCCUAAAACUCGCUCCCCUCGACAGAGGUCUGUGACUCCGAAAAGAACCCUAGGGACCAACGAACGUUAUGGUCCAGUUCCUCCUCGUCAACCAGCUACCCCACCAAUAAUCCAAGUACUCCGACACGAACCGAAUUCAUCACAGUCAAAGCAACUACCUGUAUUGCAAGCAGAAAAUGCCGAGUUUAAUAAAAAAAGUGUAGGUGAUGGUAAGGGUUAUAGCUGUACAGAUGUGAGUGUUUCUAAAUCAAAUCAAACAAAGUCGUCUGUCGUUCCUGACUUGCCAGAUCCAACAUUCCAUCCCUCGAGCAGUGUUUUGUCAUCUAUCAAAGUGAGGUCACAAAACCGUAUUCACACUCCGAUUAUUACAUCUACUUUAUCUAAUGAUCACUUCAACUUCACACCAAACGAAAAUAAACGUUCACCCGGUUUUAGAAAGAGUUUCCAUAAGCUUCUCAUCUUAAAUGAAUCAUCUAACCAAUCCAACCUUUGCAAAAUUAAUCAGUUUUAUGAUGAAUUAAGUUAUGUAAAGCAGCAGGUGAUUGAAAGCAAGAGAUCACCAUCUAAUGAACAAGAAAACCAAUCAUGCUACGAUAAAUGCGUUGGUCAUCCCACAGAAGGUUCCCGUGAAUAUAUUCCAGAGUUGCCCACAUCACCGAAUUCCCUGAGGGUUACGAGGAAAUUGUCUGCAAAGUCAUCGCAGAAAAUUAGCAUAGCAUAUUCACCAGAAACAGAACAAGAAUUGAUUAAUCGCAAUAGAAAACGUACCAUAUCCGGUAAAACUUAUCCAGUUGCAGAGGACAUACUUACUCCUAAACGUCGGAGGGGGGUUUCAUUCGGCCCACCCUUAAGCCCUGAACGAUUUGAUAAAUCUCUACCUCCGUCUACUCCGGUUAAGCGAGGUGGAACUCCACUAGUCAAACUAACUCACAGUACCCCAGCAAACCAUAGUUUACAAGUCACUUCAGCUGUUGGGCACUCAGCUACACCAUUUGCUUCCAAAUUGUCAGAAGUAUCGCAUUUAUCAGAUUUCUCAAAAACAUGUGAAUCUCCAAAUUACAGUGUAACACAUAAUCGAGUUUCUGCAGUCAUCUCUCUCCCUCCAACACCAGACACUAAUCUUCUAAAUUCCUUGAGUACUGAUAUUAGUUGUGCUCAUGAGAGUUUCGCUAAUUUCCCAGUGACUUCCGCAGCUUACUCUGCUCCAAUAAAAAAAUCCUCAGUCAGCCGAAAAAAUUUCAAAAGACAUUCACUUGGGUUCCUAGAGAAAACAAGUAAAACACCGUCACCGAGAGUCCCACCAACUAGUCCUGUAUCAACCAAACAAAAUAAAAUAAACAAAUCAACAAACGAACAUAAUGCUAAAAUUCAGGAGAAAAAGUCAAAAAGCUUCCAUACCUACAGUGCGAAAACUUAUAAUAAUAACAACUACAACAAACUAUACUCCAGUGUUCCUCAUAGCCUGCUAAAUAUUACACAGGAAGACAAAAAAAAUCAAGGGACAUCUUCAAUGCCAUCGACCAACCUGACAGAGGAGGAAGCAGUUACACCUGAGAAGAGUUUGUUGUCUCCACGAAAGGAAUCUGGUUUGACUGGUGUCAGGAAGUUGAUGAGAACUCCGAAGCCUGUGCAAACACCUCGUAUAUCUGGUGUUAGUGAACUGUUUGUCGAUGAACCUAGUGUGAAGAGGCAUCGUGGUCGACCCUCAUCAGUGCCACCGACCAACUUGACAGAGGAGGAAGCAGUUACACCUGAGAAGAGUUUGUUGUUUCCACGAAAGGAAUCUGGUUUGACUGGUGUUAGGAAGUUGAUGAGAACUCCGAAGCCUGUGCAAACACCUCGUAUAUCUGGUGUUAGUGAACUGUUUGUCGAUGAACCUAGUGUGAAGAGACGUCGUGGUCGACCCUCAUCAGUGCCACCGACCAACUUGACAGAGGAGGAAGCAGUUACACCUGAGAAGAGUUUGUUGUCUCCACGAAAGGAAUCUGGUUUGACUGGUGUUAGGAAGUUGAUGAGAACUCCGAAGCCUGUGCAAACACCUCAUAUAUCUGGUGUUAGUGAACUGUUUGUCGAUGAACCUAGUGUGAAGAGACGUCGUGGUCGACCCUCAUCAGUGCCACCGACCAACUUGACAGAGGAGGAAGCAGUUACACCUGAGAAGAGUUUGUUGUCUCCACGAAAGGAAUCUGGUUUGACUGGUGUUAGGAAGUUGAUGAGAACUCCGAAGCCUGUGCAAACACCUCAUAUAUCUGGUGUUAGUGAACUGUUUGUCGAUGAACCUAGUGUGAAGAGGCAUCGUGGUCGACCCUCAUCAGUGCCACCGACCAACUUGACAGAGGAGGAAGCAGUUACACCUGAGAAGAGUUUGUUGUCUCCACGAAAGGAAUCUGGUUUGACUGGUGUCAGGAAGUUGAUGAGAACUCCGAAGCCUGUGCAAACACCUCGUAUAUCUGGUGUUAGUGAACUGUUUGUCGAUGAACCUAGUGUGAAGAGGCAUCGUGGUCGACCCUCAUCAGUGCCACCGACCAACUUGACAGAGGAGGAAGCAGUUACACCUGAGAAGAGUUUGUUGUCUCCACGAAAGGAAUCUGGUUUGACUGGUGUUAGGAAGUUGAUGAGAACUCCGAAGCCUGUGCAAACACCUCGUAUAUCUGGUGUUAGUGAACUGUUUGUCGAUGAACCUAGUGUGAAGAGACGUCGUGGUCGACCCUCAUCAGUGCCACCGACCAACUUGACAGAGGAGGAAGCAGUUACACCUGAGAAGAGUUUGUUGUCUCCACGAAAGGAAUCUGGUUUGACUGGUGUUAGGAAGUUGAUGAGAACUCCGAAGCCUGUGCAAACACCUCGUAUAUCUGGUGUUAGUGAACUGUUUGUCGAUGAACCUAGUGUGAAGAGACGUCGUGGUCGACCCUCAUCAGUGCCACCGACCAACUUGACAGAGGAGGAAGCAGUUACACCUGAGAAGAGUUUGUUGUUUCCACGAAAGGAAUCUGGUUUGACUGGUGUUAGGAAGUUGAUGAGAACUCCGAAGCCUGUGCAAACACCUCGUAUAUCUGGUGUUAGUGAACUGUUUGUCGAUGAACCUAGUGUGAAGAGACGUCGUGGUCGACCCUCAUCAGUGCCACCGACCAACUUGACAGAGGAGGAAGCAGUUACACCUGAGAAGAGUUUGUUGUCUCCACGAAAGGAAUCUGGUUUGACUGGUGUUAGGAAGUUGAUGAGAACUCCGAAGCCUGUGCAAACACCUCAUAUAUCUGGUGUUAGUGAACUGUUUGUCGAUGAACCUAGUGUGAAGAGACGUCGUGAUCGACCCUCAUCAGUGCCACCGACCAACUUGACAGAGGAGGAAGCAGUUACACCUGAGAAGAGUUUGUUGUCUCCACGAAAGGAAUCUGGUUUGACUGGUGUUAGGAAGUUGAUGAGAACUCCGAAGCCUGUGCAAACACCUCGUAUAUCUGGUGUUAGUGAACUGUUUGUCGAUGAACCUAGUGUGAAGAGGCAUCGUGGUCGACCCUCAUCAGUGCCACCGACCAACUUGACAGAGGAGGAAGCAGUUACACCUGAGAAGAGUUUGUUGUCUCCACGAAAGGAAUCUGGUUUGACUGGUGUUAGGAAGUUGAUGAGAACUCCGAAGCCUGUGCAAACACCUCGUAUAUCUGGUGUUAGUGAACUGUUUGUCGAUGAACCUAGUGUGAAGAGACGUCGUGGUCGACCCUCAUCAGUGCCACCGACCAACUUGACAGAGGAGGAAGCAGUUACACCUGAGAAGAGUUUGUUGUCUCCACGAAAGGAAUCUGGUUUGACUGGUGUCAGGAAGUUGAUGAGAACUCCGAAGCCUGUGCAAACACCUCGUAUAUCUGGUGUUAGUGAACUGUUUGUCGAUGAACCUAGUGUGAAGAGGCAUCGUGGUCGACCCUCAUCAGUGCCACCGACCAACUUGACAGAGGAGGAAGCAGUUACACCUGAGAAGAGUUUGUUGUCUCCACGAAAGGAAUCUGGUUUGACUGGUGUUAGGAAGUUGAUGAGAACUCCGAAGCCUGUGCAAACACCUCGUAUAUCUGGUGUUAGUGAACUGUUUGUCGAUGAACCUAGUGUGAAGAGACGUCGUGGUCGACCCUCAUCAGUGCCACCGACCAACUUGACAGAGGAGGAAGCAGUUACACCUGAGAAGAGUUUGUUGUCUCCACGAAAGGAAUCUGGUUUGACUGGUGUUAGGAAGUUGAUGAGAACUCCGAAGCCUGUGCAAACACCUCGUAUAUCUGGUGUUAGUGAACUGUUUGUCGAUGAACCUAGUGUGAAGAGACGUCGUGGUCGACCCUCAUCAGUGCCACCGACCAACUUGACAGAGGAGGAAGCAGUUACACCUGAGAAGAGUUUGUUGUCUCCACGAAAGGAAUCUGGUUUGACUGGUGUCAGGAAGUUGAUGAGAACUCCGAAGCCUGUGCAAACACCUCAUAUAUCUGGUGUUAGUGAACUGUUUGUCGAUGAACCUAGUGUGAAGAGACGUCGUGAUCGACCCUCAUCAGUGCCAUCGACCAACUUGACAGAGGAGGAAGCAGUUACACCUGAGAAGAGUUUGUUGUCUCCACGAAAGGAAUCUGGUUUGACUGGUGUUAGGAAGUUGAUGAGAACUCCGAAGCCUGUGCAAACACCUCGUAUAUCUGGUGUUAGUGAACUGUUUGUCGAUGAACCUAGUGUGAAGAGACGUCGUGGUCGACCCUCAUCAGUGCCACCGACCAACUUGACAGAGGAGGAAGCAGUUACACCUGAGAAGAGUUUGUUGUCUCCACGAAAGGAAUCUGGUUUGACUGGUGUUAGGAAGUUGAUGAGAACUCCGAAGCCUGUGCAAACACCUCGUAUAUCUGGUGUUAGUGAACUGUUUGUCGAUGAACCUAGUGUGAAGAGACGUCGUGGUCGACCCUCAUCAGUGCCACCGACCAACUUGACAGAGGAGGAAGCUGUUACACCUGAGAAGAUUUUGUUGUCUCCACGAAAGGAAUCUGGUUUGACUGGUGUUAGGAAGUUGAUGAGAACUCCGAAGCCUGUGCAAACACCUCGUAUAUCUGGUGUUAGUGAACUGUUUGUCGAGGAAUCUAGUGUUAACGUGCAUUCGAGUUCACGGAAACUAUCUGGUGUUUCUUCAUUGUGUCGUAGGCGUUGUAAAUCGUGUCGUUGUUUGCUCUCUAAAUGUAAAUGUGGUUUUGAUUGUAAUUACGUGGUUAACAAGUGUUCUAUGAGAAAACGUUCUGACCUUGUUGAGUCUUUUUCAUCCAUUCGUACUCGUCGUGGUAAUAUAGCGAAGUCUUCAGUGGAUAAAUCUGCUAAUUCUGAUUGUUCCAUUUUGAAUAGAUUUUCUGGAAAAUUGACAUCUCAAUCGACUAAUGAAGUCGCCGUACAGCUGUCGAAAACUAGGUCAAAAACCAAGAGAAACGUUUCCACCAAAGAUUCACAGUAUCCUGAUUCUCUUUCAGAUCGUUCGAUGAAUGUUGUAAAGUCUCUGGAUAAAGGGAUGUCGAAAGAACUCACUGAAGUGGUUGUUCCGUUUCCGAAUAAUGUGAUGGAAAGUCAUUCUCGGAAAGGGAAGACUCUCCCACUUACAUCUCGGUUGACUUCUAAUGAUAUGUCAAAUUUAUGUGAUCAAUCUGCACUUUUGAAAAUGAGUUUUAUUGAGCACUCACAUCCUACGAUAUCCUUUAGCUCGAACACGUCUAAGGAUCGUGAGUGUGAUUCUGUUGUUCCUGUCGCAAGGUCUCUCCGUAAUAGAAGGAUCCCAUCAAGUAUUGAAUGCUUGUCAUCUAGUCGUACUCGACGUGCAGUUAAAGUACCGGACCCUUUGAUUAGUGAAUCUGCCGCUAAAGGCAGUUCCGGUAAGAGUUCCGUGAUGAAAACAUCCUCUAGAAAAGUUGUAUCUCAAUCGAAUAAUGAGGUUGCCAUACAACCGUCGAAAACUAGGUCAAAAACCAAGAAGAACGUUUCCACCGUGCAUUCGCAGUUUCCUGAUUCUCUGCUCGAUCAUUCGGUCAAUGCAACGAAGCCUGCAAACAACACCUCAAAAAGAUCUAUAAAGAGACUAGCUGAAGUGCGUAGAGUCUCUUCUAGUAUUCCAUUGGCCAAACGUCUACGGAGUAGAAUCGAUCAGUUGGAUAUUAAAUGUAUAACAUCUGAACACACACAAAAUGAAGAAAAAUCUUUAUCCGGGAAAAACCAACCUGGUGAGGAGAAGAAGAAAAAUGGUACCAAGACAAAUAAUCCUCCAAACCGUAAACAGCUAAUCACUUCAAAAUCAAAACUACUUCCAACUACUUCAUCUUCAAAAUCUGCUUCAACUAAUGAAUCUAAAAAUAUUACAACAUUAAAGGUUAAAACAAAUUCACGACAUAUUAAACGCAUUUCUGUUACGCCUGUUGAUAAUAUAGCUAAUGUUUCACCAAAAAAACGUGUUCUUCGUUCUCGUAAGUUAAUAACUACUUCUUCAGAAAUAAGUCAACCAAUUGAAGAAAAAAUAUCAACUUCUAAAAUCAGUAAUAAGUCGAAAUUAAAGACCACUACUACUAAUAAUAAUAAUAGUAGAUCAGUAGCAUCAAAAUCAUCUCAAGCCAAACAAUCACCAGUUUCAAUUCGUCAAACUCGUUCAAGAAAAAAACAGACAGCAACAAACAAUCUAUAGAAAUAAAUAAUACUUUUAUUCAUUAAUUCUUAUAUAACCAACAACAAAAAGUUUAUCUAUUUUUAACACCUUUAUGUUUAGUGUAUUACUUAUUCAAAGGAACAAUCUAUUAUUUUUAUUCCAUUCAAAGAGUACCAUAUAUAUAUCACUUGUUAUUACCAUAGUUACUAUUAUUAAUACUAUUAGUAGUAGUAGUGGUGGUAUUAGUAAACUGUCUAGAGCAACAACAUUUACCAAUACGAUUAAAUACUAAUGUUUAUUAGUUAGUUAACAUAUUCAUUCAUGGUUUUAUGUUAAUUCUUAUUACAAUAUUACUGUAAUUUAUUUCGUUUUUAUUAUUAUUCUUUUAAACUGAAUCUAUCUAUCUAUAUUUACUGUCCACUUAUGUUAUACUGUUAAAAUUGAUGUUGUAUAUAAUCUAUACAUGUUUGUAUUUAUUAUAUAUAAUGCUUUAAGUGUAUAUUUGUUAUCUUAUUGUUAAUACAAUAUAUUAUACAUUGUCAUUAUUGUUAUGAUGAUGAUUGAUGUCAACUUUUAUUUCUAAUCAUUUCUAUGUUUAGAUUUUAUUGUUGCAUUC